AAAUAAGAGACUUGUGUCACUGUGUGGCAAGCAAGUCAUACCGCUCAAAUCAAACGUGCGACGAGAGUGAACCGUUGGUAGUCAUGUUGUAUUUACAAGCUGCGGAGAUAAUAGAAACAGCAAAGACGCAAAAGAAGAGUGUAAAGUCAUUAAUAUACGCUUGUCAAUCACAGAACUUCAGGAAGCUAUAUGCUUUGGUAAACGAAACCUUAAAAUAUGCAUCAAUUAUUGAUGAAAUCCUCAAAUGUACCCGACUUCUUGAGCUUGAAAAAUGCCUGUCACAAUCUCUCGCCCAAAUUUAUCUUUACGAAUUAUUAUUUGGGAAAGGACUGCAUGGCAACAAAAAGGCAGUAAAGGCUGUGCUUCGGCAUAAAACAUCUCUCAAUGCCGCCCUUGCAAGGUUGAAGAUCAAGGCUAAAGUGUCAAGGAAUGAAGAUUUGUUGGCAGAGGAGGUCAAAAUGUCAAAAGUAAUUCCAAGAUAUGUGCGAGUCAACACUUUAAAAACAUCCAUGGAUGAUGUCAUUCAGCAUUUCACAGCGAUUGGUUACAAGUGCAUUUUAACAGUGAAUGAGAAAGAAGAAACUUGUAGCAGACUAACCGCUGAUGAGCUCAGUGUUUUCCAGAAAGGACUUCUGAAAAGGCUUGAAUCAAAAUCAUUUUGUGUUGAUGUCCAUUUGCCAUUUCUUCUAGUGUUUCCACAUGGAUGUGAUCUUCAUACUGACCCCUUGUAUCUGAAAGGUGAUAUUAUUCUUCAGGAUAAGGCAAGUUGUAUUCCUGCUCAUGUACUUAACCCACCAGCUGAAAGCCAUGUGAUUGAUGCCUGUGCUGCCCCUGGCAACAAGACAAGCCAUCUUGCUAGUAUCAUGAAUAACACAGGGAAAAUAUAUGCCUUUGACUUGGAUGUGAAAAGAUUAAAAACAUUGGAGAGGUUAACAAGUAAAGCUGGAGUCGGAAAUAUUGAAGCAAAACACAGAAAUUUUCUAAAAGAUGUCAGCCCAAGUGAUCCGAAAUUUCAGAAUGUUGAGUACAUUCUGGUCGAUCCGUCUUGCAGUGGUUCUGGUAUGGUAAACCGUUUAGACCAUGUGACUAACAAUACCCAAUCAGAGAGCCAGGAGCGACUUGAAUCUUUGGCAUUAUUCCAGGCGUCAAUUCUAAAACAUGCACUGUCGUUCCCAGCUGUGAAACGAGUUGUUUACUCCACCUGCUCUGUGCAUAAAAUUGAGAAUGAAGAUGUUGUUGGACUUGUAUUGAAGGAAUUUCCAGAUUUUGAAAUUACUAGAUGUUUACCUCUAUGGUGUAAACGAGGUUUAAAAUCAACAUUAGUUGGUGAAAACUGUUUACGUGCAGCACCUGCUGAAACUUUCACUAAUGGAUUCUUUGUGGCAUUAUUCAAUAGAAAAGAAAAAAGUAGAGGUACAUCUGCAGUUAAGUGUGAGGAACAAAAUACCAAAAGAAAGAAUUUGAAGAGAAAGAUGGAAAGGAAGAGAUCAAAGGAAGAAAAAAUAAAUUCAAGUGAAGCAGAUGAGGCAGUAAGUUUAAAAGAAGGAGAUGAUAUUAAUCCAAAGAAGAAAAAGAAAAGAAUAGUAAAAUAAAUUAAUAAGAAUGUAUAGUCCUUUCUCAUCUAGAUUACUGCCUUGCGUUGCUUUCACAUUAAAAAGAUCUCAAACGUCUUCAGCUACUGAACUUGUUUUUAGGGCAGAAAAUUUGAGCACAGGUCCCCAUUUGUUUUCACGUCUUCACUGGUUGCCUACGUAUUAAACGUAUUAAAUACAAAAUUGCAACUCUCACAUACAAGUGUCUAUAGAGUACUACAGUGUUACGUCACGAUACCAUGUGAUACUACAGACACCAUUUUCUUCGCUGACAAACCAUUGAUCCCAAUUUCUAACGUAAUUAUUGAGAUGUAUCUUCUUUUUUCUUUGUGAAUUUUAAUUGAUGAUUAAAUGCGUGUUUGAUUACUAAUAUAGUGCAAGCUUUUGUGUUUUUAGUACAUUUUGAUGGUAAAAUAUUAGAUUUUAAAAUGCCUAUUCUAAGAAAGCCUAUGAAGUCAUUCAGGCGUAAUGAACAAAUGUCUGUUGACAACAGAGAGUGCCAUGUGGCGUCGUGGCGACACAACUGUUGUACCCUAUGGCUCUGAAGUAAGGAUUUGGCAGGUAUAUAAACUAAUACAAUAAAAAGCGUUCCUUGUUGGCAGGUUAGUGGUUGGAAACUAAGUGGGUAUUCACAUUAUUUUCAGUGUCUCAAUAUUUGAAAAUAAAAUGUUUCAAUAUUA